AUGAAAUUUACUCCAGAAUAUGAAAAAAAAUCUAUUUGUGAAUUAAUGAAGCCUAAUUUAUAAAAGUAUGAUUAAUUGACUCUGAUUCAUAUAAAAUAAAAGAUAUCAUAAUUAAAUGAAAAGAUUUAUGAUCUUAAAGAUUUUUAUGAUGAUUUAGAUCCUUAAUAAAGAUUUUCUGUUGAUAACGACUUGUAUAGAUAGGAAUCUUAAAAAAAAAGAUCUAAGAAGAUUCUACUCAACAUGUAUCUAAAUUCUAGGAUUAAAAAAGAAAUAUAUAAAGAAUGGAUGUUAAAUAAUCUUUAAGGUAUUUAAAUUUUUGUUUCUACUCUAACUAUUUGUGCAUCAUCCUUGCUUGAAUAAUACAUGCAAGAAAAAUAUGUGUCCUUGUGGAUUAUUGAUGAAGCUCCUAUGUAUAUUAAACCUUCCACAUUAAUACCACUCUCUAAGCACAAAAUCUACAAUUUAGUAUUCUUUGGAGAUCAUCGCCAACUUGGACCAAUUAUCUAUGAUAAUACUAAUGCUUUUGAAUAAAAUUAUAAUAGAAAUCUCUAUGAAAGACUUCUACAAACAAUUUAAUAAUUCAUUAUGCUGAAUUUUCAGUAUAAAUCAAUGCAAAAUCUUAAUAGAGUCAUUUCCCAAUUUUUCUAUGAAGGAAAUGUGUAGGAUUCAGAAUCUGUAAGUAAAAUGCAAUAUCGAUAAUAUUUGACAAAAAAAUUGAAUAAUUCAAAUAAUUUUCAUUUUGUUUGAUGUUCAUUGUGGCACAUAAUUUAACAGUAAUAAUUGAAACGUAUGAAGUAUUCUAUUUAGUAUAUUAAUGAUUAUAAGAUUAUGGUAAUCAAAAUGAAAGAGCAAUUUCAAUUAUAACUCCUUAUAGAGUUUAGAUUAAAUUAAUUAAAAAUAUCUUUAUAGAUUCUAUCCAAAAUUUUUAGAUUAUGUUGAAAUUGAAACCAUAGAUGUUUUUCAGGGCAAAGAAAAUGAUAUCAUGAUUAUUUCUAUUAUUAGAAGUAAAGGACUUGGAAUUUUAACAAGACUAAUGGAGAGCAGAUGUUGUUACUUCAAGGGCUCAAUAUGGAUAAUUCAUAUUUGA